AUGGCCUCAGAAGAGUAUGCGUCUUUGUUAGCCAAACUUCAAGGCAACGAUGUCGAUGCGAAAAUCGACGCGGUUGGGAAGCUGCAGCCGCUACUGGACACAGAGGGGUUCGAGCUCGUAAAUGUAGAUGACCUCAUAACUGCUCUCAAAGUCUGCCUUAGGACCGCGAAUCAGCACUUGACUACUCCCACUUUAUUACUGUUUCCAUCUCUCUUUCGACAUCUUGCUUCCAAUUCGUCCAAUUUUCAGCAUGAAAUUCGACUGGUAUUUGCUUCGUUUUUGCCUUCUGGCGGUGUGUUCGAUCGACUCGGCGACGUCCGUGAUCGCGCUCGAGAAGCUGCCAAAGCUGCUCUAGUAUCUAUGGCAAGCCUCGCCCUCCCGCCUGGCGGUCUAUCUCAGAGCGCAUCCUUUCGUGGCAAGGAUCCGCACCGUGGCCAAGAGACGCCCAUGAUGAUAUUUGAGAAGGCAUUACGGGAGAAUGGAUUUGGCAGCAAGAUUGCACGCGUUAGGGAGCAGUCUAUUCAAUGUCUAGUCAUGAUUCGUGAAAGGCACUCUAAAUUCCCUCUGCGUCCGUACGUUGCGUUAUCAGUUGAAUUGCUCGAGGACGGAGAUGGUUCUGUAAGAGACGCAGCUAGGGCUGGGGUUGUGUCGUUGUUCUCUGCUCCUGGAGUCACGGACGCAGCCCGCGCCGACCUCAAGAACGAAAUGUCCAAACAAGGGGUGCGCAAAACGAUAAUGGAUGCCGUUCUAAACAAACUAGCAUCUAUCACUGCUCACCGGGAGAAGAAUAUUGCUGGGUCGGACUCGGGUGUGGGAACAGAUACCGAGGUACUUUCACGGCCGGGGACGUCAAUGGGAAGGCGGCCGGCUGGCGCUCCCAUAGUCCGAACCGUGAGUAUAACUAGUACUGGCUCAGCAAAUGGAGGAGAAAGACCUCUCAGUCGGCAAGAAGCAACUCGACCCUCCGGCCCAUCGGUAGCUAUUUCUAUACCCUCUGACCCGUCCAUGGGUGGCAUCAAGUCUGCAGAUGCAGCCGGAGUCUCUGCCACUUCAGCGGAUAUACCAACUGUGUUUAUUGCAAGUGUUCGUGAAUUGGAGAGUGAAUUGGAGAAGAUGCUUCCAUUCUUUGGAGGUAAAGAAACUGAACACAAUUGGGCGGAUCGCGAGAGGUCUGUGAUUAGUCUACGCGGCAUCCUUAGAGGAGGUGUGCAUGUCCGAUAUCCAGAUGUGUUCACCGAGGGUUUGAAAGCUGGUGUGUUGGAUGGGAUUCUGAAAGCAUUGGCAAGUCUCCGAACGACACUCUCGUCCCAUGCAUGUGUGCUUCUCUUAGAGAUGGCGGAGGGCCUUCAACACGCAUUAGAUCCCUUCGUGGACCGGAUAUUAACUGCGUUAGUUAAAAUGUCGGGAUUCACUAAGAAGAUCAUUGCCCAACAAUCACAAGCAUCAGCUACCGCAGUUAUUACGAAUACUUCUGCUCACCCUCGAGUCGUUCUCCCUCUGCUAUGGUCAUAUAUACAAGAGAAAAACGUUCAAAGCCGUUCGUAUUCGAUCGAACACUUGACAACGUAUCUCAAGGUUCACGCGGCCAAGUCAAAGCAUGCUAUCGAUAGUGCCAACGGCGUCGAUAUCAUUACCAAAUGUCUUCAGAAGACACUCAAUGACCCUAGCCCAGGAGUGCGGCCAUUGGCUCGGACGUGUUUUUGGGAAUUUGAACCCGUCUGGCCGGCCAUUGCAUUGACAAUCGCUGAACAACUUGAUAACUCGGCUAGGAAGCAACUGGAUAAGGCCAACCCAAAUCCUGGAGCAUGUACACCAAUCACAUCGGUUGAAGAGGUCAAGAAGAAACCGAGCGUUGCAGCGGCGAUUGCAGCGAGCCGUGCUAAAGCCAAGGCGAUAGCAAACGAUCCUCCCACCCUGAGGCAUGCUGCGAUUACACCCGCUCGGCGAGCAGUCUCUCCUCCUCCCGCCAAGACUCCUCUUCCUCAACGACAGUCUUCGCCUCGGAUACCAAGCACCAGUCGGCCUCCAUCGAGACCACCGUCCCGAUCGGCAGGGAGCCCUGGUGCGCCUGCGCGUUCACAAUCACCGCUACCACCCGUUCCAACCCUUCCCAGACCCAACUCUAGAGGAAGCUCGCCAUCACCGCCUUCCCCUACCUCUAGUAGCAGUACCAAUCAGAGACAAGUAUCGACAACGAGUGUAAUUCAGUCUUCGCCCGGGCGACCUUCAACUUUGCGGUCAUCUUACUCCCAGAUUCGUCCAGGCGCAAAGGCCAACGGUAGCAAUGCAGUACCCGCCACUGCCCCUCCAGUUUCCCGGGUCAGAUCACAACCUAAUAACUUAUCCAGGUCGGUGUCAGCGCCACAGCCUCCCGCCUCCCCGACGAGGAGAGCCGCAUCACCUGUAACCCCCACCAAGAGAGCUGGAUCGGGUAGCGGAUCACCUGUACCCAGGAAGCCUCUAUCUGAUCCCCCCUUGCCCAGCUUGGCUCAGCGGCUGGAUGACAGCGACUCCCUUAUACACGCUACAACAAUACCUAUACCCGAGGAUGAUGACGAUGAGCCAAUUAGUUUCUCGACACCUUUCGAGAAAUACGGCACAGCUACUCCACCGACUGUGCCAGUUACGAUUGCUGGCGAUAUCAAGGAGCCGGAAGAAUCUUUGCUUGCAAAGGCCAUUCAAGCUACCAGCGCAGCUUCUCAACUGGAAGACGAGAUUAUCGCCGGGAAGGACGAUCAUCCGUCGCCAUAUCCAGCCGAGCUCCUUCAUAAGACUCAAGCCCGGACCCCUGUUAAUAGGAAAAUCAUGCGCGAGGCUGCAUUGUUCCAGGAUAGUCCCCAGGCAACGAAGUUACCGACGAUUCUGGAUCAUUUGUUUGAACGGGACCAUGAGGAGGGGUCAUGGGUGCAUAAACGCUCUGUUUCGCUCCGGGAAGCAUCUGUAGAUCUCGGCCUGAAGUCUACCUCGCUCUCCGUAGAGCUACGCGACUACAUCAACGCGCUUACUGAUAAGACGGCAGACGAGCUCGUGUUGCGCAGACUGGCGGUGAUUUGUUCAGAGAACGGGCAAUCGAAUGCAUCUGAUGCUGCAAAUGGACACGCUUCCCCUGUGUUUGUGCCGUCAUCUCCAACUGCAAACGGUGGAAGCAUUGCACGCCCUUUAGUCAGCCCAGCAGAUAUAUGGCUGGGUGGGAAGAAUUUCGACAAAUUAUUCGAUGCUCUCACCACUUUCCUAAUAUAUGACAAAUCUCCAGAAAUUCUUGAUCUUGGCCUGGCUGUUAUCUGGGAGAUGUUGAGACAUCAAUGGGAAUAUGUAACCGAGCAUCAAGCAGAGCUUUGGGCGUUCUUGAUUCGUUUAAGAUAUGCCAACAGUGAGCAAGUACUACAAGGCACUAACGCUAUUCGAGAUGCCCUUACGGCUGCCGUUGAACCGGUGUUUGGUCUUGCGACUGCUAACGGCUGUCUACAUUCAUUCCUAGAUGAGGGCCCUCCCACCCCAGAGCUAGAGCCCGUCCGGAUUAAUUCGUGGGCAUACGGCCUAGUUGGGAUUGCCAAAAUCAUGAUGAGACUCCCGCCUGAUAUUCUGGAAGAAGAGAUCCCCCGAGUCAGGGGUACAUUAACAACUGCUAUAUGUUACGAACAAUCGUCCCUCGUACGAGGAGCUGCAACAGUCGCCAUUGCUGCCUGCCAGAUGGUGCUACGCGAUGAGACACAUUUAUUCACGCUCCUCGGAAAUCUUCCUAAUGAAAAGAAGAACCUUCUUAUGUACUAUUUUAAUCGUACAGGCUCGCGCGGACCAGCGGGAGGGGCUGUCGAGGCCGGAAAGGUGGACGAGGAGCUUAGAAAGAUUGACCGAGGGGCGACACUCCCCCCUCGGGCAAAUGUGUUGUCACCCCGGAGAGCAAAUGCCUAA